AUGAUAAAAGUUUCAGCAAUAAACGAUCCUGCAGUUGACAUUGAUUACAUAUGCUAUUUAAUUAAAUUCGAUUCUACUCAUGGAAAAUUUAAAGGCAACGUAACAUAUACGGAUAAUGCAAUCGUCGUCAAUGGAAAAAGAAUUACCAUUUUUCGUGAAAAAUUGCCGUCGAGUAUACCAUGGCAAUCAGCUGAUGUGCAAUACGUUGUGGAAGCUUCUGGAAUGUUUACAUGUCUUGAAAAAGCUAUGGGACAUUUAGCAAAUGAAACUGUUAAGCGAGUGGUAGUGACUGCUCCCAGUGUGGAUGUUCCUAUGCUAAUAUUGGGUGUCAAUGAACAAAGUAUUAAUACAGAGCACAAAGUCAUAUCAUGUGCCUCAAGUACAUUGUACUGUUUGGCCCCAAUAAUAAAAAUAUUGGAACAAAACUAUGGUGUAUCAGAAGGGUUCAUAACCAGCAUCCAUGCAAUGACGCCAUCUUUAAAACCUUUAGAUGGAUUAUGUCUGCGUGGAAAGCAUUGGCGUGAUCAUAGAAGUAUUCAUCAAAAUAUAAUACCAGCUGCAACCGGUGCUUGUAAAGCUCUUAGUAAGAUUAUACCACAAGUUAAAGACAAAAUGAGUGGAAUCGCUUUUCGUGUUCCCAUUGUAAACGUUUCCGUACUUGAUAUAACUAUACGAUUAAACAAAAAUAUAGGUAUAGAAGAUAUAUUCAAACGUAUAGAUAUUGAAAGUAAAACAACAAUGAAAAAUAUUAUAAAAUUAUGUACCGAUGAAGCUGUGUCUUCUGAUUUUUUGGGCGAUGAACAUUCUUGUAUCAUUGAUGUGAAAUCAAGUUUACAAUUGACACCAAACUUCUACAAACUCAUCUGCUGGUACGAAAAUGAAUACUCGUACGCCUGUCGUGUCAUAGAUUGUAUCAGGUUUUCAGAAAAAUCUUUCCAUACAGACUUAAUUUCUAAAGUGAAUUCUAAUAGAUUGUUAUCAAAAACACUAUUUCAAGAUAAAUCAGUACCAUAUAUGCGGCAAUCAAUUAUUAACAGUUCUCAGGAUAUAUAUUUUAAGCCUAAACUACCAACGCAAAUAGUGAUAAAUAAUGCCUUGCCUUUACGAAACAAAAGUUCUAAUCAAUCGACUCGGAAAAUUACGAAUGCUGAUAUUUUUAAAAUCUGUAACGAUGGCGCAAAGCUGGACUUACCGUUUGUGAGAGAUAAUAAAAAUUCCCAAUUUAACAGUUGUGUUGAUUUUCGACCGUACAGUUUAGAUCUUUUAAAGUAUAACAAAAAUCAAGAACGCUUACAAAAGGCAAAACAGGAAGUGUCCAAAAUGAUGGAUAUGACUGAAAAUUUACUUAAAGAAACAAAUCAGUACAAUAAACGCAAUAGUUUUAGUAAAAGUGGCGAAGAUAAUUCUAAUGUUAGUAAAAUAUACAAAAAUGUUUUUAAAUCUCCUCUGAAGGACGUCGUACCAUCGAUAAAAUAUGAUAACGAAUUUAAAAUGGAAAACGUUAGUCUGAAACCUGAAAGUAUUUUAGCUAAUGAAGAUAUAUUAAAUGGCGCCGUAGAAAGUUCAAAGUCAUCAAAACUAAACGUUCCUCCUAUUGAUCAACAAGAAAAAACAACUGAUCAAACUACAAGCUGCAUUAUAGAUGUAAAAAAUGGUAUAUUUGAAUUACAAUUGCAAAGUUCAAUUAAAAAUAAUACAUCUAUCGAUGUAUUACAUAACUAUAAACAAGAUGCUUCGGAUGACUUUAAAGGAAGUACAAGUAUUGCAAAUGUAACCAAAAGUGAUGAUACCAAAUUAAUUAUAGAAGAAAACAUAUUAGAAAUAGUAAACAAUGCCGAAAAAGGAACAGAUAAGAAAAAAGAGAUGCGAAAGAAAAUUUUAGAAGGCAUUAUAAAGAAACUUUCAGUUGAGAAAAUUUACUGUCCUACUUCAACUAGAACAGACAUAGCGAUGAGGAAAGAUAACAAUAUUUACGAUAAAUUAGAUAGUGCAAGUAAUUCAGAUUCAGAAAACUCGUUUCAAAUGAAUGAAAGGAAAUCACAAGUAAUAGAUUUAACAGAUUUGACAAAUUCCGCUGAAGAUUUGUCUCGUUUGGAUAAAAUAUGUAGAAUUAUUGAAAUAUCAGAUGAGCUCUCCGACAAUUUAUUUUCAGCUUUGGAUAAUACUCAUGAUUUGAAAAGAGAGAAGUGGUCUUUCAAAGAUUUAUGUGAGAGAUUGAAAUUGGAUGAGUUUUGUAAUAAGAUUUUUGGUCAGACAAUGGAAGAUAAAAUUUUC